AUGGCAUCAUCAUCUUCUAUUCACCGAGUUGAUAUGUUGUGUCGUCUUGUUCAAUGGCGGGUUGAUAAUUACGAUUAUUUGACAUGGUUGGAUUCAAAUCCUUUCAAGAUGGGAAGGUGGAACUGGUGUUUAACUGUUUAUAAGAACCAAAUUUGUCUCUAUACAAAGUCAUCUGAAGUUACUCAUCUGUUUGCUUCCUUCAACAUCCAUCUGGUCUCUUUUCUCGAUAAUGGUAAUCGCAGCACUUCUGUUUAUCCAGAAGUUAGAGAUCUGAAACUAUUCAAAGUAGCAAGCGACUUUUAUUUUUUUUGGGCGCUUACGACUCCAUUGACAAGGAAAUUCAUCAUUGAAGUAAAUUUUGUUGAUAUCAAGACUGCAUCACCAGAAGAUGCCAUACCUCGUUCCGUUUGGAGUGAAGAAUUGAUAGAAAAUCCAACAACAUGUGCCUUGAGCAGAAUGUUAUCAGAAAAUUUACACACAGAUAUCACCAUAUGGGCUUCUGAUGGGAGUGUCCAGGCUCACCGGGCUGUUCUUGCAACCCGUUCACCAGUCUUUGAUAAAAUGUUUACCCAUAACCUCAAAGAGAAAGAUUCAUUUUCCAUAGAUAUCCCGGACAUAUCCAUUGAAGCUUGUAAAGCUUUCCUUACCUACAUUUACACUAAUAACACACAAUCUGAAAGCUUUAUAAUCCACAGAAUGGAGCUUCUCAAAGCCGCUGACAAGUAUGAUGUAUCCGAUCUGAAAGAUGCAUGCGUAAAAAGUUUAUCAGAAGAUAUUGAUCAAGGGAAUGUGCUGGAGAGGCUGCAAAGUGCUUAUCUGUAUCGUCUUCCAGAGCUUAAGGGUAUUUGCAUUGACCAUCUUGUGAAGUUUGGUAAGAUUUUUGACAUUCAAGAAGAACUCAAUGCUUUUAUGCAAAAUGCUGAUAGGGAACUAGUAAGUGAAGUCUUUUAUGAAAUUCUUUCUGUAUGGAAAGGUUUCUGUAUAAGUUGCUGA